UGAAGCUGGGCUCGUCGCACCUGUCUUAAGCUUGCUCACCGCCCGGACUGGCAGAAUCGAUCACCCCCGGCGGCUUCUCCCCCAUUCAUCGCUCCGUCCGGCAACCCUCAUCUUGAAGCCAGCUGGAGCCUUACAUUCCCGUCAGGUCACCUUUUCUCAUCCCAUUGAUACGGAAUUCUUUCGCGACUGACAACCGAUACUACUACUCUCAUCUACCACCACUCUUGAAUCAUCAUGGCCGACCGUUUCCCCUCUUUGGAGGAUUUCUCUGCGGGUCAAACCGAAGUUGUUGACACCAACGGCGGCGCCGACGAGAAUGACUUCCUAGCUCGCGAGAGAGCGAUGCUAGGCGAUGAUGCCGAACAGUUCGCUACCUCGCAGGACCACGUUGCUACAGCCGAGAAUGUUGACGAUGACGAUCUACUGGGCGGUGCGGAGGGAGCUCCGACUGGCAGCCCUGCUCACGAGAUGUCUGGGUUCAAAUCGUCGUUCCCUGCUCUUGAGACACAGAACGAGCAAGUUGCACCUGGCGGUACCAUCACUGGAACCGGUGCUCCCUUCCCACCCACCGGCUACUCCAGCUACCAAGAGCCUCAGGAGGAACCUGAACCCGUCAGGGAAUGGCGCGAGAAGCGUGAUGCGGAAAUCACCCGCCGUGCCGAGAUCUCCGAGGAGAAGAAGCAGUCGACCGUCCAGAAAGCCAGAGAAGACAUCGACGACUUUUACGUCUCUUACAACAACAAGACCGACAAGCUCCGUGCGCAGACGAAGGCCGAGGCCGAACAAUUCCUGUCUAACCGGGAGGACACCUCUUCUGGUGGCACCAGCUGGGAACGCAUCGCGAAAUUGGUUGACAUUUCUGGAAAGGGGACCAAGGGCGGCGCCAGUGGAUCUGGCAAGGAGCGUUUCCGUGAACUGCUGCUUGAUUUGAAGAAAGACCAGAAGGCCCCCGGUGUCAGUGGGGUCUAGAUCGUGGAAUCGGCUCAAAACCUCCCUCCAAGAUACGGGUUGAGCACGGGGAAGGAAUGCCUUAGCAUGAGAGUCUUCCUCAUUUCCUCGAUAUCACUGCAUCCCAGCGCCUCUAUCAUGACUACCUUGCCGCUACCCAUCUAUCCCCUUUGUCUACCUCCAGGUGCUUGGCAUGUCCUCUCGAAUUCGCCCGUAUUUUGUUACGCAUGAUUUUCUUACACCCAUUCUGCUUUAGCUUAUUAUUCUGUCACCCUUGUCUUUUUAUCUUAAACGCUUUCUUUCUUAAUUUAUGUAGGUAAAUAACGCAUACAGGUCGUUUUGAUCAUCAGU